AUGAAGGCAUUCGCAACCAUCCUGUUUACUAUUACCACCCUGUUUGUCGCAGUAGCAAACGCGGAUCUCCAUCGAGCAUCCAUCUACGCGUUUGGUGGCGCCGACCCUCACAUUACCACCUGGAGCGGAGACCGAUUUGAAUUCCAACGCCGAGGCGACUUUGUUCUGCUAAGCAAUCCAGACUAUUCCAACGGCUUGGGCUUGGAAGUCCAAGUACGAACCAAGGUAAACGACUGGUGGUCCUACAUUGAAGCCGCAGUGUUGAGGAUUGGAGAUGAGACCGUUGAGGUGCGAGGAGGCGAAGAGUACAGCCGCUACUGGAUCAAUGGAGAAGAGGGAUUUUCUGCUCUGGAGCCACAAGAGGAGAUGCAGGUCUGGCUCCAACAAGGAGGUAUUGAAGUGCACAUUCGCCAGGUCAACUCCAAGCAAUUCCAAUUGAGAGUUGACCUAGGAAACGACGAAGGCGUUGUCUUUGAGACCUUUCAACAGUUUGUGCGUGUGGACGUCCAAGCGAACGAUGCCGAAGAGAAGAGCUUUGCCAGCAACAGUCUUGGAUUGGUGGGAUCCUUCCCAAGAGGUGCCAAGGUUGGCCGUGACAAGACGACCGUCAUUCGAAGCUCCACGAAGUUUGCCAAGGAAUGGAUGGUGCCGGCGGCGGAGACAACAGAGACGACUGUUUUCCGAUCAUAAACUUGGCUCCUGGCUGACAAGCUCCAUGAUCCAUACAAGUAAGGCGAAAAGUUCCGCCUGUUGUAUUCUGCAGCUGCAAACCUCUUUUUACUUGAUCUACUUGGCUUGGCGAGAUGGCAUCCUUAUCUCUGCCACCACGCACCACCCGGUAACAUUAUCUAUAGACAUUUCCUUAUAAAAACAUCUGCCCUCACAGA